CUAAAUUCAAACCAAUCAUCAAUAUGAAUCUAUUCACUGUCUUCUUCGCAAUCGUCCUGGCCGUAGCCACCGUCGCCGGACAACGAUUCGGUUUCCCGCACACAGCCCAGUUCGGGCUUGCCUCGCUGACCGGUGACUUUGGUGGACCGACUGCAUUCGGUGGACAGGAAUUGUCAGGUACUUUGAACGCUGGUGUCAGAGAUCCAAGACAGAACCGAGGACCUGUUGUGUUCCCGCCCGCACCCGCUGAUGCUCCAGUUGAGUCGAGCGGAGUCAUUGUCGGUGCUUCCGGAUACGGUUUCGUGCCACCGAAUACGCCCCAGAAAUUCAGGAAAAAGGCACCUCCGUUCCGGUAUCCGUUAGCGCCCUGGAAGCUACCAGUGCCCUCGUCCGGGACGACCGGAACACCCCAGCGUCCGAAGAAGCCCGGCAUCGUGAAGCUGACACCGACCGUCCCCAUCGUCGGCUACAAGAAACCUACGCCACAGAAGUGGUUCCGGUUCUACAAGGGACAGGGUACACCAGCCGUUCGGAAACCUCCUCCCCUUCCUCCUCCCGGCCCACCAGGCUAUGGUGGGGCUGGCGUCUUCAUAAGCCGUCCCAAAGCGGUCUCCCCUGUGGGGGUAAGUGUUAGCUACGCGACUAGACAUUAG